UCGGGACGGCAGCGGGCCCGGGACCCCCGCGGACCCUCCGCCCGGUCACAAAGCACCAUGGCCGAGGCCGAGGCCGCCGCCGCCGCCGCCGCGCAGGAAUGGGACAUGAGGACCCAGCCCCCAACCCUCUUCCCGGCCCGCAGCCUCCCCCAGCUCCCGGCCGCGGACCUCUCCCUGUGGACCGUGGUGGCCGCCGUGCAGGCCGUGGAGAGGACGGUGGGGGCCCAGGCGGCCCGGCUGCUGAGCCUGGAGGGCCGGGCCGGCUCGGCGGAGAAGAAGCUGGCCGACUGCGAGAGGACGGCGGCCGAGUUCGGGAGCCGGCUGGAGGGCAAGUGGGCCGUGCUGGAGACGCUGCUGCAGGAGUACGGGCUCCUGCAGAGGAGGCUGGAGAACAUGGAGAACCUGCUCAGGAACAGGAACUUCUGGAUCCUCCGCCUCCCCCCGGCCACCAACGGCGAGGUCCCCAAGGUGCCGGUGACCUUCGACGACGUGGCCGUCUACUUCUCGGAGCAGGAGUGGGGGAACCUGGACCGGGGGCAGAAGGAGCUCUACAAGAACGUCAUGAAGGGCAACUACGAGACGCUGGUCUCGCUGGAUUACGCCGUUUCCAAGCCGGACUUUCUCUCCCGGAUUGAACAAGGGGAAGAACCUUGCGUCCAGAGCCUGGGGGCCGAGGAGGAUGGCUCGGCAGGAGACCCCAACCCCGGACCCCCGGUUUCCGCCCCCGAGGGGCCAACGUGGAUUAAAGAAGAGGAAGAGUCGGGGGUCCCCGAUCGGGAGGCCCCAGAAGGCGGCGGCGGCAGCCCCGCAGACCCCGGCCUGGAUGGGGAAACUGAGGCACAGAGCAGCGCCUCCCCGCCGAAGGCCCGGGCGGCCUCCACCCACCUCCGCUCUCUCUCUUUCCCCGCCGCUGCGGAGGGCGGCUGGGCCGGGAGCAGCGCCGAGGGGCCGCGGGCGGAGGCCGGACCCCAACGCCCCCAGGCCCCCAGGCCGGACCUCGCCCGGGAUCCCGCGGGCCAGAGCCAGCGCGGCUUCCCGCCGCCCCCACGGGCCCCGAGCCCCGAGCCGGGGGGCGUCCCGCCCGCCGCGCCGGCCUGGUGGGAGCCUCCGGCCGCGCCGGGAGAGCGGCCCCCCGCCCUGGCCGACCCCGGCUUCCGGCCGCACGAGGGCCCGGCCCGGCCCGAGGGGCCCGGGACUCCCGGGCGGGGGCCGCCCCCGGGCCCCAGGGGCUUCCGGCCUCGAGCCCCCGCCCCACCCCACCCCCGGCGGCACGGCUGCCCGGACCGCCCCCGGAGGUUCCCGGCCCGGCGCGCCCUGGGCAAGCGCCCGCCCCAGGCCCGGCCCUUCCAGUGCCCCGAGUGCGACAAGAGCUUCGUCUGCCACUCGUGGCUCAGCCGGCACCGCACCCUGCACACGGGCGAGCGGCCCUACCAGUGCCCCGAGUGCGAGAAGCGCUACAGCCGCAAGGAGUACCUGCUCAACCACCAGCGCCUGCACACGGGCGAGCGGCCCUUCCACUGCGCCCACUGCGGCAAGAGCUUCACGCUGAAGCGCAGCUUCGUCCGCCACCAGCGGCGCCACGCCAAGGAGGGCCCCGGCCCGCUGGGCCCGCCCCCGGCCCGCCCCGCCGGCCUCGCGGCCCGCCUGCCCGCCCCGACCGGCGAGACCCCCGGGCCGGGCGGCGCCGGGCGCCGGGCGGCCGAGGAUGCCCUCUACCCGUGGGGCGGGGGCGGCGAGGCCUGCCUGUUCCCGGACCCCCUGCAGGGCCCCUUGUGGACGGCCCGGGGACCCGGCCCGGGCCCGGGAAUCCCGGUGGUCAAGGCCGAGAGACUCUGGUAG